AUGUCCUCUUCUAUUAUCUCGGGUGUUAUGUGUGCCCUAGGACUCACAUCUGCUGUUACGGCAGUCAAGAUUGGUGACUCUGCCGAGAAACAAUUCUCGCAAGCGUUCCCAGAAGGCUACAGCAUCUUAAAGUUCCACGGUGGCUAUGGCCCCUACACAGAGAGACGCUCCUACGGUAUCUCCCGUGAUCCACCUGAGAGCUGUGCCGUUGAUCAAGUCAUCAUGAUCAAGAGACACGGAGAACGAUACCCUUCGCCAUCAAUGGGUGCCGACAUUGAAACCUCUCUCGCCAAGGUCUACGGCGCUGGUGUCACAGAAUGGAAGGAUGAUCUGGCAUUCCUGGAUGAUUGGGAAUACUUCGUCCCUAACAAAUGCUGGUACAAUGCCGAGACUUACAGCGGUCCUUACGCGGGAUUGUCGGAUGCGUACCAACAGGGAACAGAGUACCGGGAUCGCUAUGGAGAUCUUUGGGAUGGCGAGUCGGUAAUUCCAAUGUUCACUAGUGGUUAUAGUCGGGUGAUCAACACCGCGCGAAAGUUUGGUGAGGGCUUCUUCGGGUAUAAUUACUCGACCAGUGCUGCUCUCAACAUCAUCUCGGAGUCUGCGUCUAUGGGUGCAAACAGUCUAACUCCCGUUUGUGACACCGACAAUGACAUGACGACCUGUGACAAGGUACCUUCCACCAUGUCCCAGUUCAAGGUUGCUGCAGCUCGUCUGAACUCUCAAAACUCUGGUCUCAAUCUCACAGAGUCUGAUAUUUAUAAGUUGAUGUCUAUGGCUGUCUUCGAGCUUAAUGCUCGUGCCUUUUCCGAGUGGAUAAAUGUCUUCACUCAGGAUGAAUGGGUCACUUAUAGCUACUUGAAUGACUUGUACUACUACUACUGUGCCGGACCUGGUGACAAGAACAUGGCGGCUGUUGGAGCCGUCUAUGCGAACGCUAGUCUCAGUCUUCUUAACGAAGGCCCUAAGAAAGCGGGAUCUCUAUUCUUCAACUUUGCCCAUGACACUAACAUCACUCCUAUCAUUGCCGCUCUAGGGAUUCUCAUUCCCGAUGAGGACUUACCUCUAGACCGUAUUCCCUUUGGAAACCCUUAUGUCACCACGGACAUCGUUCCUAUGGGUGGUCAUCUCACUAUUGAACGUCUCAGCUGCAACGCCACCGCCAUGUCUGACGAGGGAACUUACGUUCGCCUGGUGCUUAACGAGGCCGUUGUUCCAUUCAACCAAUGCCAAUCCGGUCCUGGCUACUCUUGUCCCCUGGCCAACUACACCGCCAUUUUGAAGGAGAGCUUACCUAGCUACCUGACCUCCUGUAAAGUUCCCAAUUCCUACCCGCAGUCCCUUGACUUCUGGUGGAAUUACAACACAACUACCCGUCUUAACUACCAGCGUGGGCCAAUUAGCUGUCAGGAGGCUGAGACCCUGCACUGA